CAUGAAUUGUGCACACUGUCUCCGUUCCUGCGACACUCUGCCGUUGUGCGUCGAAGAGAUGGAAGAUGCAUCGAGAAAGAAAUUGGAGGAGAUCGUGCCCGACAGAAAAUUGAAGGCACCUCUACAAGGCAGUACCGAAGAACCUCAGGCUGGACGAUUAUCCGAUUCCACGAAGCUGGAGAAGAGCGCGCAGACGAGAUCGAGCAGUUUGCGAAGAUCCAGAAUAGAAGAGAAGUGAAGCGCAACGGAGCGGACAUUUAGCAAGUCCAGGAGUUAAUCUUUCGAUUUCAGACGAGAAGCAGAAUGGAGGUGGAACUCCCGACCGGAGGCACGGGUGCACAAACUCCGGGCAACCUCUUUGGUAAGCAGGUCCUGGCAGGUGGCAUUGCCGGAAUGCUGGCGGAUGCUGUCAUGUACCCAAUGAUGACGGUGAAAUCUCGACUGCAGGUACAAGGAGGAGCAACAGCAGGAGGUGGUGGUGGAGCUGCCUCCAUGUACAUGUACCGAGGUCCUAUGCAUGCCAUAUACAGCAUAUCUGCAAAAGAAGGAUGGCGGACGCUUUACAAGGGAUACGCAACCGUAGGCCAAAUUGCUCCUGCACAAGCUUUGUACAUGGCUACCUACCAAACCUCGAAAAAAGUUCUACCUGGUGGUGAAGAAAAUCCUCUGGUGCAUUUUUGUGGAGGCGUUAUAGCUACGUUAGUUCAGUCUUCAGUUAUGGUGCCCACGGAAGUGAUUAGGCAACGGCAAAUGGUCCAAACUACAGGUGGAGAAGGUGCUUACACGGGUUCCUUGCACGCAGCCAGAACAAUAUAUCAGUUGGAAGGGGCUGCGGCUCUAUAUAGAGGGUUUUUGCUAGCUCAGAUGGUAUGGGGACCGUACAAUGCAAUCUAUUUACCUCUUUGGGAAGCUUCGAAAAAAGUUGCUGUUAAAUUCUCAGAAGCUGAGUCGAAGGAAAAACUGGCAGUGCAAUACGAACUAGGAAGUGCAUUCUUUAGUGCGUCCAUCGCAUCCGCUCUCACCAAUCCCGCUGAUAUUAUAAAGACUAGGCUCCAAGUACAAGGGAAAAGUAAUGUGAACAGUAGCACUCAUUACAACGGAGCGCUUGACGCUGCUCGAUCUAUCUAUCGCAAGGAAGGAGUACGAGGUUUUACGAAGGGGAUGUCUUCUAGAGUUUUGUGGGUUGCACCUUCAGCUACGAUUAUGUUCACGACUUAUGACCAAUUGAUGAAAAGGUUCAACAGAAUGUGGUGAACUUGAUCCAAUUUCCAUGUAAUAUAGUGAUUGUGUUAUCAAAUACACAGUAGUGGUCCUGUAAAACUAUGCUUCUUUCCAUAUUACGUGGGCACUCUUCUUGUUUAGCUUUCAGGCAGUACACUUAAUCUAGACAACUAGGUUUUCUCCAUUUUCAAAUUUCAGGCAAUACAUUUAAUCUAGACAACUAGGUUUUCUCCAUUUUCAAAUUCUCCAGCUUCACGUAGUGAGGUGAAAUAUUUUCCAACCAUGCCAUGUAAAGCCAAGCCGAGAUUUUAAAAUUUUUUUAAUGAGGCGAGAAUAUACUAUCAAUGAAAUCAUCGUAUUUAUUUUUCAGAGCACGCAGUCAGACCUGAUACGAUGAUGAUAGAUAAAUUCAAUACACAUCACUCUCGUGACAUCACUCAUAUCUUCAGUAAGGUACGAACACUCACCAAUCUAGUUACCUCAAAUCAUAAACAUAUUACCUAACUACCUGAUAAUUUACCUGCACGUAAAUUUUGUUGCACACAUAUCCUCCCAAGAAAAGUGCCCAAUGACUAAUACCUAAUACAUAUAAAUAUAUCGAAACCUGAAUACUUGACCAUCUUCCACUAUAGCUUCAACAUCUCAUCGCCACGCCACCAUCCAUAAAUACCGAGAAAGUCAAAAACAAUCUAACCGUACGUUUCCGUCUACCUUCGCAUACAGACUGCUGUGAUAUC